AUGUCCUCUUCAACUUCUACAUCGAUAUCACCUUCCACGCAGGAUAAGCCUCAAGUCGUAGAAGCUUACGAAACAACAGCGACAGUCCAAAAAAAAUUCGAGCGUUGGCGGCGUAGUCUGAAAUAUAUAACUGGUAUUGGCCUGACACCAGUCGAAAAAGCUGAACAUGAAGCUUAUAUCGCUGAAGAUAUGCAACGGAAACAAUGCGGGCUUUGUGAAAAACGUAGAGACAAGUUGUUGAAGUGGAGUCCAGCUGUAAUAUUUAUGCGCGAGAACCUGGAAAAAGCUGGUUGUAAAAUUUCAACGCAACACAUCAAAUGUGCACCUUGUGAUGAAUUGCGUAGUGGCGGUUUCUCCCCAGAUCAUGGCAUCAUUUUAUGUCAGAAUCGUUUUUUCAGCAAAGCACAUCAAGAGGAUACCUUGAUUCAUGAAAUGAUUCAUAUGUAUGAUCAUUGUCGAUUUAAAAUUGAUUGGAAUAAUUGCUGGCAUCAUGCAUGUAGCGAGGUUCGCGCAGCUAGUUUAAGUGGUGAUUGUCGAUGGUCAAGAGAAAUUCGACGAGGAUUUUUCACUUUCUCCAAACAACACCAGGUUUGCGUAAAACGACGAGCCAUAUUGUCAGUAAAACAUAAUACUUCUUGUUCCGCACCAGGAAUAGCAGAAAAAGUGGUCGAGGAUGUGUUUGAAAGUUGCUUCAAUGACACUCAACCCUUUGACGAAAUCUAUUGA